UCAGAGAGCACCGGAGAAGGCGCUUAUUACCAUGCUAGCACCGGAACUCGUCGGUCGUUCGGCGCGUGCACACUCGGACCGGUGCGGGGUUGCUGUUGUUUGCGUGGCGCGUGCCUGAGUGAUGGUGGUAGCACGGGAUGGAGGUGGUGUAGUGCGCGGCGCCGGUGUUGGGUCGCAGCCCGUCUGGAUGUAGCUGAUUGAAGUCGGUGCUGAUCGCGCAGCCGACAGGGGGAGGAGGAGGGCAGUUUCAGGAGUAGGGUGUUUUUUCUUUCUCUCUCUCUCUCUCUCUCUCUCUCUCUCUCUGCGUGUGUGUGACUCUCCAGCGGCCAUGUUAACCAAGAAACCCUGUGCUGCUGUCUACCCGACUGGUAAAGGGGGUGAGCUGUGCACCGGGGCGGUCCGGUCUGGAGCAGGGAGCGAGCCACCAUCACCCAUCACACUGCCACCUCUCAGGAACGGCAACUCGCUCACGGUUGGAGGCAAUAAGAACACAAUGAAUGACCAUCUGCAUGUUGGAAACCACCAGCAGAUCCACGUUCAACAGCUGUUUGAGGAAAACAGCAAUAAACGGACAGUGUUGACUACACAGCCAAAUGGGUUGACGCCAGUAGGCCGAACGGGCUUGCCCUUGCCGGAGAGGCAACAAGAAAGCAGCCAAUGUCGGGAGGGCAGUUCGGCUUCCACCAAAUCCACUGAAAGCAAGCCCAAGGUAGCCCCUAUUACUCCCGAGCAGGCCAUGAAGCAGUACAUGUCUAAACUGACAGCAUUUGAACACCAAGAGAUUUUCAACUACCCUGAAAUCUUCUUCGUCGGACCAAAUGCUAAGAAACGGCCAGGUGUGGUCGGGGGCUCAAAUAACGGCGGUUAUGAUGAUGAUCAGGGCUCUUAUAUCCAUGUACCCCAUGACCAUAUAGCCUACAGGUACGAGGUAUUGAAGGUCAUUGGUAAGGGCAGUUUUGGACAAGUAGUGAAGGCCUAUGACCAUAAGGCCCAUCAGCAUGUGGCCUUGAAAAUGGUGCGCAACGAGAAGCGGUUUCACCGCCAAGCAGCUGAGGAGAUACGGAUCCUGGAGCACUUGCGCAAGCAGGACAAAGACACUACUAUGAAUGUCAUCCACAUGCUGGAGAACUUCACAUUCCGCAACCACAUCUGCAUGACAUUCGAGUUACUCAGCAUGAACCUGUAUGAGCUCAUUAAGAAAAACAAGUUUCAGGGCUUCAGCUUGCAGCUGGUGCGUAAGUUUGCGCACUCUAUCCUGCAGUGCCUGGACUCCUUGCACAAAAACAGGAUCAUUCAUUGUGACCUCAAACCCGAGAACAUCCUCUUGAAGCAGCAGGGACGCAGUGGGAUAAAAGUGAUCGACUUCGGAUCCAGCUGCUUUGAACACCAGCGGGUCUAUACUUACAUCCAGUCACGCUUUUAUCGGGCACCAGAGGUCAUUCUGGGUUCUCGCUAUGGGAUGCCAAUCGAUAUGUGGAGCCUGGGUUGUAUUUUAGCGGAAUUACUAACAGGGUACCCUCUCUUGCCUGGGGAAGAUGAAGGGGACCAGCUAGCAUGUGUCAUAGAGCUACUGGGCAUGCCUUCCCAGAAGCUGUUGGAUUCUUCCAAGAGAGCCAAAAAUUUUGUCAGCUCAAAGGGAUAUCCUCGUUACUGCACAGUCACAACCUUACCUGAUGGCACAGUCACACUAAACGGUGGACGGUCACGGAGGGGCAAGCUUCGCGGUCCACCAGGAAGCAAGGAUUGGGUAACAGCGCUUAAGGGCUGUGACGACCCCCUCUUUUUGGACUUCCUCAAGCAGUGUCUGGAGUGGGACCCGGCUUUGCGUAUGACUCCAAGUCAGGCCCUCCGCCACCAGUGGCUGAGAAGACGCUUGCCAAAACCUCCCACUGGGGAGAAAAGUACCGUAAAGCGAAUCACUGAGGGCACAGGUGCUAUAACCUCUAUCUCCAAAUUACCUCCUACAUCAAGUUCAGCCUCAAAAUUAAGGACUAACCUGGCACAAAUGACUGACGCCAAUGGGAAUAUACAACAGAGGACAGUGUUGCCAAAAUUAGUCAGUUGAAUACUAAUAUUGUUUUUGGUUGGUUCUUUUUGUUUCGUUUCUAUAAAUGUUGAUAUUUAAAUGUGGAAAGGCGAGCAUCCACAAGUGUGAAAGGUUUUAGGAAUAUAGUCUUUAAUUCAUCUUUUAUUUACAGCUUUGUAGCACCUUUUUUUGUUCAAGACACUUUUUUUUUCUUUAGAAAUACUAAAAUGGCCAAGAAAGAGGGAACAGCGCUUUUAAGUUUUUAUCUCAGGACUGUGUGGAAUGCUGCAGAGAGCAUUCAUGCAAUCUGGCCGAUUACUAAUGAAGUCCUAAUUAGUUUCCUCACCUAUAUCUUGUAGCGUAAAGACUUGCAGCAAUGAAGUUGAUUUGGAUUUUGAUGUGUGUACUCACUAGCGUUUAGCUCGCUACCUCUGUAAUCUAUUAGAACAACACUGCAUUGGUGAAGGAGAAUUUGACACGCGUUUCUAAAAAGCUAUGCUAUCUGCAGUCGUGUAGCGCUUAAAGGAACAGUCCACCGUACUUCCAUAAUGAA